GAAUUUUCGUUGCGUGUUUUCUCCGGCAUUUACAGAACAUAACUGACUGCGACUUGCAAUAUCUUCCAAUUUUAUGUAGAAAACCAUUUCUAAAAAUGUUAAAAUCAAUUAUUUCACAUAGUGUUAGAUUAGGCCGAGUGACCGCCGCCAGAAAUGUAACGCUAAUCCUGCGCCAAUCGUCCAACAAGGCAGCGGUUCUGCACGAAGUCGGCAAACCCUUGGUUUUGGAGGGCGUGAAACGGAUCGAGCAGCUAAAGGACGAUGAGGUGCGAAUCAAAGUGCACUAUUGCAGCUUAAAUUCCACCGACGUGCAGAUCAUCGCGGGAAAGUGCCCACCGGAGCUGAAGGUUCCACUCCCGUUUAUUCCUGGUCACGAAGUGUCCGGCGAGGUGGUGGAGAUUGGCAAGAACAACCCGAACUUCCUGAAGCGUGGUGACCGGGUUGUGGCCAUGAACGAUCUGCAGGAUCCGAACGGAGGGUUGAUUUCGGAAAUGGUCGUUAAAAAUCGGGACGUUUGGGCAGUUCCGCGGGAGGUGCCCCUGCGGGAGAUGACCGUUAUGCCGUACGGACACGGUACUGCGCUGCUAACGUUUGCGCUGCAUUGUCCGCUGGAGCAGAACGAUCUGCUGUUGAUAACGGCUGGACCAGCUGGGAUGGGAUUGGCCGCGAUCGAUUUGGCGGUGAAUGUUUACAAGGCAAAUGUGAUUGCAAUCUGCGACACUGAGAGUAGCUCGGAUUUGGUGAGGGAGAAAGGGGCUCACAAAACGGUUAGCAUGAACAAGAAUUACACCAAGCUGUACAAGAACAUUGCGGACGCGAUGGGCGAUAAAAAGGCCAAGAUUGCGUACGAUGCCGUUGGAAAGGGACUGCUGCAUCUGAUGGCAGAUUUCGUUGAUCCGGAAAAGGGCCAACUCUUUUCGGUGGAUCCGUUCUUCAACAAGGAAACGUUCAAAGCUUCCAAACCCGAGUACGAACUGCCCAAAAAGAAGGAACGAACGGAAGAGCACGAACAGCAAGUGGCCAAGCUGAUCGACAAUAUCAAGCAUGUCGAUUUGUACGAGUACGAGGACGAGGACGUUUACCGGCAGAUGAUUAGCGACACCGUUGAAAUGCGAGUGCAGCGGAUGGUUCAUGGCCACAUUAGUAAAGUGUUUAUGAUGAAGGAGAUUCAGGAAGCGGUAGAUUUUAUCCUGCAAAAGCAGUGCACCGGGAAGGUGCUGGUGGAUGUAAAGUGUGAGGAUGAGUGUGAAGAUGCGACGCAGGAGGAGAAGAAAAAAGAUGACUGAACUAAUUCGAAGAGAUUUACUUAACUUUUUUUUCCUUGUUAUAUCUAAGUCACACCAUUAUUGUUCGGCAAUGC